GUGGUCAUGUGACUUCCGGCGGAGUCUUUUGGAUGUGACACCGACAUGAGCCGAGAUGAGGGGAUCACACGGAGCAGAGAGAGCUGCGACUACACGAGCUGUUACUGUGAAGAGAACGUCUGGAAGCUCUGUGAGUAUGUGAGGACAGAGGGAACCGCUCCACUACAGGAACUGUUUGUGGUCUUCAUCUCUAAUGAGAACCGGAUGGUUCCUCUGUGGAAGCAGAAGUCUGGUCGUGGGGAUCAGCCAGUGAUCUGGGACUACCACGUGAUCCUGCUCCAGGUCCGUCCUCAGUCUGGUGCCCUGAUCUACGACCUGGACUCAGAGCUGUCAUUUCCCUGCAGCCUCCGCCUCUACGUCAGCCAAGCUCUCCGCUCAGACCGCCAUGUUAACCCUGCCUACCACAGGAAGUUGCGUGUGGUCCCUGCUGACAGCUUCCUGUCCAAUUUUGCAUGUGAUCGUUCUCACAUGAAAAACACCGACGGAUCCUGGAGGAUGCCACCCCCACCCUAUCCCCCCAUCCACACUGCAGAAAGUCACAUGAACCUGGAUGACUUCAUCAGUAUGGACCCUCAGGUGGGCUGGGGGGCGGUGCUUAGCCUGGACGACUUUGUGAAGAGAUUCGCUCCAGAGUCUUCGUCAUCACAGCCAUGAUGAUCGUGGUCAUCAGAACGACCAUCUUCAUCGUCAUCACUGCUGUGGUUGUCAUGGAAACAUGGGUGUUUGGUCCUAGGGUAUCAUCUCACAUGUAUAAGGGGGCGUGUCCUGUCUCUGUGCUAUGAUUGGUGGAUAUCAUCUGUCUCUAACGGCGUUGGUUCAUGUUUAUUAACUCGAGAUGUCAGAGUUUGUUAACUCUGUGGGGAUCAGACUGGAGCCUAAAUCAUGACCUUUGACCUCUACAAUCAGUUCACCCUCAAAUCCAGGUCCAGGUCUAUUUUGAACCAAAUCUGACUAAAAUCCUCGGUCUGUUAUUGAUCUGAUCAUCUGGAUAGGUGCCACACCUGUUCUAGUUACGUUUGAGUAACACAGGUGUAGGCUCAGCCUCAACAUUCACUUUUUUAUUUGUUCUAGGGGUCGGGUCAUUAUACCUGAGACCCCGCCCACAGCAUUUAGAUUGGAUAAAGACAUGUUUUGUCCUUUUAUCUGUUAUUAAAGUUUAAUUUUUGUGAAGGAAAAAAAAUCCAGUCAGUCCUGCUUCAUUUAAAAAUAUGUCUUACCUUAUCCCCCAACAUGAAAAAUAACUCUACUGUAUCUAUUGAACAUUAGGGGGGUCUAGGACUAGUAGACCAUGAACAUUAAGGGGGUCUAUGACUAGUAGACCAUGAACAGUAGGGGGUUUUAGGACUAGUAGACUAUGAACAUUAGGGGGGUUUAGGACUAGUAGACCAUGAACAGGGGUCUACGACUACUAGAGCAUGAACAUUAGGGGGGUCUAGGACUAGUAGACCAUGAACAUUAGGGGGGUCUAGGACUAGU